AAGCACCCGUGACGCACCCUCCCUGUUUUCGGUGCUGUUUUGUGUUUUGUCCAGGUCCAGGUGAGUCGAACCGACACCAUGACAACCGUGACAGCAGGAUUUUCUGUACCCCCGAUUCUCACUGGUUCACACAUUUACUGUCUUGCGCAAGCAAAACAGGUAGACAGAGCGGACGGAAUUUCUAAAAAAUAAAACACUCACGAGGACCACCAAUCCGAAAGCUGGAAUUUUCACGGGUCCAAUUUGUUGCCUGUUUUCCGCAAAUAUUACUUUGUUCGAGGAUAAAGUUGGGGUCCAUGUGCCGCGACUGAUCCAAUGAUGGAAACAAUGACUGAUCUUUCUCGCAUCGAUUGCUGCGACCGUUUGAGCCAACCCGGACUGCGGAUGGAUCGCGCGGCGGCGACCGUCUUUCUACCUGACUGUCGUGGAGCCCUAACGUCAGAAACUAACUAUCAUAGCAUUCCCACCACAACAUUUUCCCAUCUUCCGAAGGCCUCGGUUCAUCCUCCAUCACCGUUGCUCAGCGUGGUCUCAUCACCAUUGUGUACAACGCAAGCACUCAGACCGCUCUCUCCCAGCCCCAUCCUUUCAGGGUCACUUACUCUCGCACCAGUGCAAUCAAUAAAUCCCGCUUGUUUCCCCGAUAUUUCGGAAUACAGCAACCCACCAAGAUCAGCAACCAACCAGUUGGAUACAUCUACAACACCAAACUCCAGUUCACCGAUUAAAUGCGAAAGGACGAGCGUGACUUGGUACAAAGGACCGGGUGAUUCAGAGAAGUCAACCCAUAAUUUACAAAGAUGCGAUGAUAUUUCUGGAUUCCCUAACCUGAGCUCGCCUUCUCUCAGUUUCUGGCCUCCAGCUACUUCUGCGCUCGCACCGAAAAGUAUGGUUGGUCCACUCAAAGUAUGUACGGAUCUCCACCUACAUGAUACAAUGACCAAUUCUAGCACGCCAUUGAGGACCAUUCGAGAUACAGAUAUGUUCAAGCCCACCGCUACCCAUGUGAGCAAUCAGCCGCAGUUGUUCAACUCUUACGGAGGCAUUGAUACCAGACAUGCGGUUGGUGGUGAUAGUCACCUCCAGGGCUGUUCAUCCUCUUCAAUGGACGAAGAAGUUGCGGUCCAGUUAGAAUCCCUCCAACAGUCACGGGAAGUUGCAGACGAACUACGAGUACUGGCGGGUUUGUCUGCGCUCCAGGAUGGUCAAGAGGGAUGUGCAUUAUCGAACGACGUAUCGCGGAUCCAGCAAGCGGGGGUGAUGCUUGGCGAUGGAGGAAAAUUAUCCGGCCCUACUCAGAUAGACCUGGCAGAGAAAACUGUGAACCAGGCAUCCAAAGAGACGAGGUUGUCCAUAGAGGAUGUCCAACUUGAUUCUAAUCAACUGUCAGAUUGGCAGAAAAGCGUACAAUCCCAAUCUACGAUAGACAAUGGCCCGAUGAAUGAGUCAGAUGGAACAUUCCAUACGCCUAAAUCAGAGUCACCAGACUUCAGGCCAGUCAGAUCACAAUCGGCAAUCACACCAUCAGAGAGAGAUAAUCCCGUCAGCCUGACAUGCAGUGAUCCGCAUUCAUCUACUGAGGACUCAGACGAGGGAAUGAGUAUGGCUCGGUUUGAACAAAUGACCAAUUCCGUGCAACCCGAUCAAACUGGGCUGUAUUUUUGUCAUUUGUGUGAAUUCGCUGGUCAUAGCAGACAAGAAUUUCAAGACCACCUAAGGUCGCAUUACGAUUACAAGUGCCUGAAAUGUGACUACACCUCAAGAACUGAAGGCCGGUUGAAGCGCCACUUGAAAGAUUUUCACUCCGAAGUGCCUCCAGACAAUUUUUCCGGUAAAGCGAUUCGACCAAUCCGGCCAAAACUACAACGCUGCAAACAGUGCGACUUUAUGACAGAAACAAAAGACGAAUUCUGGCGCCAUUUACGAGUUCACAUAAAGGAAGACAAACGUUUGGAGUGCAGUUUGUGCUGUUUCGUCACAGAAUACAAACAUCAUUUGGAAUACCACAUGCGAAAUCACUUGGGUUCGAAGCCGUACAAAUGCCCCAAGUGCAACUAUGAAUGUGUGAACAAGUCCAUGCUGAAUAGUCACAUGAAGUCACACUCCAAUGUGUAUCCAUAUCGUUGUGCAAACUGCCAUUACGCAACUAAAUAUUGUCACAGUCUGAAGCUGCACCUGGCCAAACAUGAUCACAAACCAGCGGUUGUGCUGAAUGCGGACGGAAGUCUGCCAUCCUAUGAUAACACGGCUGAACUAAUGAGCUUACGUCGUGGUCCAAACGUUCGCCACCCAGUUGGUCCUCGGGGUCAUGUAAAUGACAGUACAAUUGACCUGAAGAGAGAUAACAAAGUCGGUAGUUUUGCUGAGUCUCCAUUCAACAGUUUUGUCGAUCCAAACUUCAUGCCGUUCAGUCAUAAUCUGGUGGUUCGCCAUUUGAUGAACUCCGUCACUACAGGAAGUUCCAUCGUAGAACCAUUCCACCCGUACCAUACAUCCUUUCCGUUCGCAUUCCAUGGCACUCCCCUCCCUACGUUUCCUGGAUUUCUAUUCCCAAAUCCCUUAAUGGAUCCCUCAACCCUGUUCAAUCCGCCAAAGUUUCCAAACUCAUUUCCGGAAAAACAACAAUACACCCAUGUGGACAGUUUACCGGGGACAGCUGUCACAAUGACACCGUUUUUGCCAGGAAAUCCUGAUAAAUCCUGUGGGUCCGUGGAAUUAAUCGGUUCAUCACACACUUCCAUGAACUGCAGUCAGGUGCCCUGUUCAAGUCCCUCAGUUACGCCUAACUACUGCAGUGUUCAGACUCCCCAGGCGACACCUCCAAAGGUCAGUUCCGUUAACCCAGAACCACGCACUCCUAUUACCUCAAAGCCGCCGGGCGGCAGAUGCUUCGAUAGCCAUCCAGUGGAGGACUUUGAUCAACUUCCCCAUAGGAGUUUUCAAUUUGUACAGUCCAUAGGAGACAGAAAUUCACCAUUUCAAGAUGAAAGGCGGUCGGUCGCUAGUACAGCACACCCAAAUCACGGUACAGAAACAACCAAAUCAGCUGAAGUACUUCACGAACAGAACGUAACAAAUUCAGAUUCAGCAGAAUUCGAACAUGCAUUAGAUCUAUCUACUAAACUGACUGCUGAUCUUGGUGGACAUGGGGCUUCAGGGCGCUCAAAAUUUUCGUACAAUGUCACAGAACCGUUCAAGGAAUCAACGGCUGAAAUGCAGAAUGUGAAAAGAAACCCACAGUUUUUAUCGUUGAAAGACGAAUCUUUGGAAAAGCGGUCCGUUCAGCAAAACGAUAGUCUACCGGUAAAUGAUAUGUUGGCCUCAGGCACUGAGGCUGGUGGUGAUGAAACUGCUCAAGCCUUUGAUUACGAGUGCAGGUUUUGUGAGAUACGCUUCAGACAACGAGCUUUGUUUGACAUUCACAUGGGAUUUCACAGUCACACAAAUCCAUACUUGUGCAACCGAUGUGGUCACCAGAGUAGAAACCCUGUGGACUUUUUCAUUCAUCUUGGACAAAUGGCACACUAUUCGUAAUCGUGAAACAGUAGUUGCAAGCACAUGCGCUCAUUUUGUACAAAGCUUCCUUAGUUUACUGUACUAAAGGAAUGAAAAACAGACCAUUCCCCACAUCUUUCAGUCUUGGGAAUCAAGUACCAGUGUAUUAUAAACACUCCACGGGAGAAACGUCCUAGUUCCCCACAGUUGGUCUGAGAAACAGACUUUCGGUGUUCGAUCGAUAAAAAGACGGUUCCCCUAGUUGGGCAGAGCUCUAUCGAUUUUUUUCUUUGAUUUUAUCCAAAUAUUGUCUAAUACAUUUUCCAACGUCC